GCUGCUACUGUAUUAACUUAAGUUAUCCAAGAAGAAGAAGAAAAAGAAGACGACGAAGAAGAAAGCGGAAACAUGGCUGGUCUGAUGAAAAAGACCACAGGCUUGGUGGGACUAGCUGUUUCACAAAAUCCACAUGAGCGUCUUAGGAUUUUGUACACCAAGAUUUUGGGUUCACUACAGACCAUUCCCCAGGAUGCUGCCUACAGGAUGUACACUGAACAGCUGGUCACUGAACGAUUCAACCUUGUAAAAAUGGAACCUGAUGUUGAGAAGCUUGAAAAGAAAAUCAACUGUGGUCAAAUUGAGGAGGUCAUUGCACAAGCUGAAUUAGAGCUUAUCUUGUCUAGGAAGAUGGCGGAAUGGAAACCGUGGGAACCGUUAAUCAAAGAUGCUCCUGCAAACCAGUGGAAGUGGCCUAUCUGAUCUUAGGUUGAGGAUAAAUUCAUACUGGGAUCAUAUAUGGCUGUAGGGUCUUUUUGUUGAUCCUUUAUUGAUGUUUGAAAUGAUUAAUAAAUCUUGUACAUAUGAAUGCUACUGGUAACUGUUUGAUAUUGUCUGACAGUUGUUAUUGAAAAUUGACUGUUAACCAGUUUUUUUAAGGUGGCUUAAGAAUGUGCACAGUGCAUAAUCAUUAUAUUGUUCUUGUUUUUAGGGACCCAAUCACCAAAGGGGCUGGAACCAUAUUGAUUUUGUUAAGAUUUUUUAUUCUUUUUCUCUGAUAAAACCGUACUUGUCCCUCCCGCUUCUCAGUCACUUGAGUUUAGCCCGGUUGGCAUGAUGGUGGCACUAUACGGUAGCGUCAAACUUCGAGGUCCAUAUUUUCUACCUUGUAUAACAUUAAAACAUUUUUUCUUAUUA